CCUUCUGCUACCGGUUCUGCACCAGCCUCUGGCUUGGGAAGCUGGACCCACGCACAGUUGUAAAAAAAAAAAAAACAAUGCACGAAAAGACUCGUGAGUGACAGACACACCCUGUGCUUUAGCUUCCCAGGGCGGUGUUAGCAAAGCCAGGUUUUUCUUUUAGAACAAGUCUUUUCAACCCAGGGUGGUAAAGAUGAGUCAUCGCAUAUAUUUAUAGAAGGAGACUUGGGAGUUGAUAGUCCUUCAUUACAAUGAAAUCCACGAAGUUUUUUUUUUAAGGGGAAAGCCUGAAUCUUGUUUACACAGAUAUUUUAUGCCAUGACAAUCAUUAUUAAAACGGAGUGUGGUCAGUCAGUAUAAUCCGUGUGCCUCUGCCCACAGAAAAUUAUGGUUUGUUAGCCUCCGCAACUCGGGACUUGACUGCACAAAGGCAACAACUGUGUUUGCCUGUUAAUCGCUCUAUCCCAGCAUAAUCUAAGCUUUCCAGACUUUUCUUUUGUUCACAGAUGCCAAGCACCAUGCCUGCUUAAAGAGAUUUAGAAAUUCCACUUGACACCACAUACUUUGCCUAUAAGGAGCAGCUCUUAACAACAGCAGUGACAGAACCUGUGUUUUGGAAAAGGAUCGAUGGCUUUGAGCCAAGGUUGGAGAGCAUAUGCGCUGCUUCCAGGGAGUCACUGUGGUGUUUAUCUGAAGGCUCUGAGAAGCAGUGGUCUUUCCUCAUUUCCCUGGGGCCACUGCCCCUGGAGAAGCACUGGAAGCUCUUUGGACCCUGAGAUGAAAGCGUUCCUGGAGGAGAACACUGAAGUCACCAGCAGUGGCAGUCUCACCCCUGAAAUCCGGUUGCGGCUUUUGACCCCCAGAUGCAAGUUCUGGUGGGAAAGAGCUGACCUGUGGCCUCACAGCGAUCCCUACUGGGCAAUCUACUGGCCAGGAGGCCAAGCCCUAUCUAGGUAUCUUUUGGAUAAUCCCGAUGUUGUCAGAGGAAAAUCUGUGUUGGAUCUCGGGAGUGGAUGUGGAGCUACAGCUAUCGCUGCUAAGAUGAGUGGGGCAUCCAGGGUCUUGGCCAACGACAUAGACCCCAUUGCAGGAAUGGCUAUCACGCUAAAUUGUGAAUUGAACCAACUGAAUCCUUUCCCCAUUUUAACCAAAAAUGUUUUGGAUUUGGAACAAGAUAAGUGGGACCUUAUUGUGCUUGGAGAUAUGUUUUAUGAUGAAGACCUUGCAGACAGUCUGCAUCGAUGGCUGAGGGGCUGCUUUUGGACCCACAGAACUGAAGUACUGAUUGGUGACCCUGGCCGACCCCAGUUCAGAGGACACAGCAUUCAGCAUCAGCUGCACAAAGUGAUAGAAUAUUCACUUCCAGAACCUACGAGGCAGGAAAACAAUGGACUGACAACAAGUACAGUAUGGGAAUUCCGGCCCUGAGUUAUCCAACUGCUUCCAAGGAUGGAUGUAGCUAUGUUUGGGUUUAACCCUAAAAAACUCUCCAGUUUGAAGAAUACAGUUCCUAUUAAAGGGCAAAUGUUAUUUCCGAAA